AUGAAGUUUGCGACAAGUCUAUGUCAAUCUGUCCGUCCAAUAUUGGGAAGCUCUUUCAUUCGACCCCUGGAGCUUGUCCGCUGGGCUCGCUUCCAAGCAUUCGAGGCGGAUUUUGAUCCUGAAGAGUUGGGAAAAGCAAGAUCAUGGCACAAGUCCUUCAACGGUAGCCAACUCCCCAAGGGGCAAACGACUUAUGCCCGGUCCAGUGGCCCGGGUGGUCAGCAUGUCAACAAAACGGAGAGCAAAGCGGUCACGGUUUGGCCUAUCAAGGACAUCUUACCAGUCUUGCCUAAAUUGCUACACCAAGGCAUCAGGGCAUCAAAAUACUACACAGCUAGAUCUGAUUCUCUGACAUUCCAAGCUCAAACGCACCGCCAGAGAGAUGCCAACUCGGAGGAAAACCAGCAAAAGCUCGUCGACGAGAUCCAGAGGAUAUAUCAAGAGACAGUCCCUGGCGAAACAAGUUCUGACAAGAAGAAAAAACAUGCUGAGAUAGCAAAACAAUUCAACGAGGGACGACUGAGGCAGAAGAAACAAAUGAGCACCAAGAAGCAGAAUCGACAAAAGGUGAUGAUGGAUUCCGACCUGGCGGGUGUUGCUGAGUCGUGGCACCAAGCUCGCCCAGCUGCUUUUUCUGCCCAGCUAACAAAAACGGCCGGCUGGCAAACAAGAGGGGUUCAGGCCUGGACCCUGAACUUUGACUCAGAAAACGGCAUUUCAAUAGCAUGUGCCAAGGACGGAAUGCUCACUAUUCAAGACGGCAGAGAAACCUGCGUCGUCUGUGUUAGACAUGGAUCAAAGAGUGGUGGUGGCUGCUCCGGCCAGACAUCUGAACCGUUUGCAGUUGUCAGCUGGGGUGGGGACCCCAGUUCUCAUGGCUGGGCCCGGGCCGCCUCGUCAGGCCGUCAGCAUCCAUCCAGCACCCCCAUCCUGAAUGGGGGGGGUUCCUCGACAAAGCGAGAGCGAUCCUCAGGCGAUCAGUGGUCAGAACAAGAGCCGGAGCUCCUGUGCUGGGAAUAUUAUGCUAGAGUGCCCCUAAUGCCCAUACAUGUCCACUAUCUUCGGUGUAGCGGCGUGUGGUCCACUUGUUCGUCUCUUCCAUUCCCAUCCAGUCUACUCCGUAUGUAUCUCCGCAACCUCGAAUCCUUCUCUUUCUCUUCACUCCCACUUCCUCCCAUCGUCGUUUUUUGGUUUCCAAAUUCUCCAAACACCGUCUCUUCUUUCCACCACCAUCGCGUGCUCGACGCCCGUCAAAUUGAUCUGCGACAUAGCGUCAUAGUGACAGCACACCACCCCCUUCAUCUAUCUGCUGUGUGCCGAUUUGAUCCUUGCGUCCAUUUCACACUGGCCCCACGAGACCCUCUCAAGGGGCAGUCAACACGACCAGGGACCGUCGAUCAUCAAAUCAGCCCAAUAAUCCAGCCAAACACCUGCCGUGCCCACUUUAUUGUUCUCAGACUUCCACCUCGAGCCUCGAAUUCUCUCUUCCUGCGACUUGGAUACGGAGACAAAUUCUUUAUCAAGACAAUUUUGCUGCUUGUCUCAUUCGCCCUACCAUUGUCGAACCAGCCCGUAAUUUUGGUGCUAGCUUUGUCGAGUGAGGCUAACCGCCCCCAAAAAACCGCUGACCGAUCUUCGCCAUCUGCUUACCCCGCCAACAUCUUUGAUCUCGCGACCGCAACCCGACCGACCGACCUUUAUCUCCCGAGCUAUCGCCUGACCCUCUUCGAUCCAAUGGCUUCCAACGGCGCCAACGGAGCAUCUCCGUCACCUCAGGUUCAGCCCUGCAGGUACAAGGUCGGCAAGACGCUUGGUGCCGGUUCCUACUCCGUCGUCAAGGAGUGCGUUCACAUUGACACCGGUCGCUACUAUGCCGCAAAAGUCAUCAACAAGCGAUUGAUGGCCGGCCGAGAGCACAUGGUCCGCAAUGAAAUCGCUGUCCUAAAGAAGGUCUCCAUGGGCCACCAGAACAUCCUUACACUUGUCGACUACUUUGAGACGAUGAACAACCUCUACCUCGUGACCGACCUAGCUCUCGGCGGCGAGCUCUUCGACCGCAUCUGCCGCAAAGGCUCAUACUACGAAUCCGACGCCGCAGAUCUUAUUCGGGCGACGCUCUCCGCCGUUGCUUAUCUGCACGACCACGGCAUCGUCCACCGCGAUCUGAAGCCCGAGAACCUCCUGUUCCGUACACCAGAAGACAAUGCAGAUCUCCUGAUUGCCGAUUUUGGACUGAGCCGCAUUAUGGAUGAGGAGCAGUUCCACGUGCUGACCACGACAUGCGGUACCCCUGGCUACAUGGCCCCCGAGAUCUUCAAGAAGAUUGGUCACGGCAAGCCUGUAGAUGUAUGGGCGCUCGGUGUCAUCACCUACUUCCUUCUGUGCGGUUACACGCCAUUCGACCGCGAUAGCGAUUUCGAGGAGAUGCAAGCUAUCUUGAACGCCGACUACAGCUUCACCCCCUUCGACUACUGGCGGGGUGUUUCCGAUCACGCCAAGGAUUUCAUCCGUCGCUGCCUCACUAUUGACCCGAACAAGCGCAUGACGGCGCACGAAGCCCUGCAACACCCCUUCGUUGCUGGCUACCUCAACAACGGCGAGGGCGAAGGCCAGAACUUGCUGCCCACUGUCAAGAAGAACUUCAAUGCUCGUAGGACGCUGCAUGCUGCAAUUGAUACAGUUCGUGCCAUCAACAAGCUUCGCGAGGGCCAGAGCAAUCUGAUGGACGGGGCCAAGUCGAAAGAGCCCGGACGUGGCGCUGCCGCACUCAAGACCCAGCAAAACGCAAGGAAGGACGAUAGCGCCAUCAGCCUCGGCAACGGGGCCCACAAGGACUCAGGCUAUGGAACGCAACCCGAAGCCGAUAGCAGCCAGAAUGAUGUGGUCAUGUCCGAUGCAGGUCCGGCACCCAGCAGCGUCCCAGCAAGUUUGCGGCCAGGCAGUGAGCAGAACAAGGUCGUCACGGCACCCCACAACGAAAAGCACGAUGCAGACAUGAGUCUCCUUACAGCAGCAAUGAAUAUUCUUGGUGGAUCUCACGCUCCUUCGGGACUCAACUGUCUGCGCAAAGAGACUCUUAAAGGUCUGUUUGCCAACAUGCGAGGCGGUCGUGAAGCAAAGCGAUCAGGCUCUUUGUCGGAUCGCAUUGUGUCUGACAGCAUAUGGCUCUAUGAGAAGAAUCCACUUGCGUACGGCAAAAAGCUGAUGAGUUUCUUCAUAGGUAUGUUGGAUGAUCUCACAGCUUCUGCAAAGCCUGACAUGAAAGUCAUUUACCUAUACGUAAAGUCAGAUCUAUCCAAGACCGUAUUCCGGCGCCUCUCAUUGGCCGGAACCGGGUCAAAGCAUCGACGCAGCGUUCCGGCAUCUGAGCGACGACCCCCCUUCUGCUCUCCCAUCUUCCCACAGACUCUCCUCCCUCACUGGCACAUCUCAGUGGCCACGUUCUUUCUUCUUGCUUGCUUGCCCUUGCUUUUGGUGUAUCUUGUAACUUCCAGAAGGAUUCUAGGCCCGAUACUUGCUGCAAACACCCGAAGUAAGAUCCACUACACAUCUUACCCGGUUGCAAUGACGGAGAGAGUCAGACGAGCCCAUCACAAGUCGAGACUCGGCUGCAGGCGCUGCAAGACGCGGCGAAUCAAGUGCGAUGAGGUCCGGCCCGCCUGUGGAGGUUGCACAAAGGCGAACCUGCGGUGUGAUUUCAUCGAUUUACAAUCCCGCUUCAGUCUGAAACCCACUUCUUGUCCGCCGGCGCCACCCUUCAUAUUAUCGUCGUCAUCAUCAUCAUCAUCAUUAAUAUCGUCUGCAUCGUCGUCCUCGUCCACAGCAUUAUCCCUGACAUCCCUGACUCUCAUACGGCCGAGUAGUCCUCCAGUAUUAGUAGACAUCAUGACCGACGGCAUGAAGUCGCGCUUCUUCCGGCACUACCUGGCCAUGACGGCCUCGUACCCCUCGACUGACCAGCAAAGUUGGUCGAGCUGGAUUACGGACCUCGCCGUGACAGAUCGUACUCUUAUGGACGCUGUUCUCGGGUUUGCGGCGUUUCACCUCCGACGGUCCGCGGCGAGGGUGGAUGACAGCAGCAGCAGUAGUACUUAUGCAGCAGCAGUGUCGGAGGCCUCGCAUGCUUACAUGGCGAGGGCUAUCGAGGCGCAUUCGAGACAAAUUGUGCGCGAGGGGAUCAACGCGCAGAAUGCUCCCGUUGUGAUGGCGACGUGUACUAUCAUCAUGUUCCACACCAGCGCGAACCAGUCGUUUCUCGAUAGCAACGGUAGCGGCUCGGAUGCGGGAGAGGGGACGGGGGCGGGGUCGCGGGUCCCGCAUCACUGGUUCACGCCCUUUCGGAACGUCAACGCGCUAUUAAAGGUCGCUUUGCCCGGGAUCCGGAAUAGUAGGAUAGGCCACCUCUAUAAACCAGAGCGGCAGACCUCAUCACAGCAAAACGAGACGCCGAGGCCAGCAAAGCCGGGGGCGUUUGACUUCCUGCUAGAAGACCUCGAUGAAGAAAAGACAGAGCCGGAGACGUUGGAAGCGUAUCGUAUCGCUGUCGACCGUCUCGAUAAGAUCCAGGGUUCGGCUCUGCAGCGUGAUCUGCUGCGGUUCCCUGCGCACGUCCCGCCGCGGUUCGUCGAGUUGUUGGAGGCGCAGGACCCGAGGACGUUAGCUAUCGUCGGGUACUUCUUUAUGCUGUUGAGGAGGGCGACGCAUUUGUGGUGGGCGCAGGGUGCGGCGGAGAGGGAGUUUGACGGGGUGAUGAGAUUCUUGCCGAGGGAGUGGUGGCCGAAGAUGACGUUGGCUGUCGAGGAGUUUGAGUGGGUUGAGAGUUGA